UAAAUGCAUUUAUAGAAAAAGAAAAAUUGGAUGUUAAGAUAAUAGUAGAAUAUUCUAACGCUUCAAUGGAUUCCUCAGUGGAAACCAGUAUGUACGUAAACAAAGUGUGGGUUCAGUGUGAGAAUGACAGCUGUUUGAAGUGGAGAUUGUUGUCAAGUGAGGAUGCAGCCAGAGUUGAUCACAAUAAACCAUGGUUCUGCUUCAUGAACACUGAUUUGAGAUACAAUAAGUGCUCUAUUGCUGAAGAAGACUUUCCUGAAGAGUCUCAGCUUCAUCAAAGUGGAUUUAAGAUCGUCUAUUCACAGCUCCCUCUUGGAAGCCUGGUUUUGGUAAAAUUUCAGAGUUGGCCAAGUUGGCCAGGGAUACUUUGCCCAGAUCCUUUUAAAGGGAAAUAUGUGGCCUAUGACCUGGAUGGAAAUGUUGAACAAUAUCACAUAGAAUUCCUGGGUGAUCCCCAUUCAAGGUCAUGGAUGAAUGCAACAUUUGUUGGACAUUAUAGUAUCACAUUAAAGCCAGGAAAAUGUAAGAAACAAAAGAAGUGGUAUAAAAGCGCACUACAAGAAGCAUACCUUCUCUAUGGACAUUCUCAUGAGCAAAGACUGAAAGUCUGCCAUCUAUCCAAACAGGAUAAAUCCAAAGCAGAUGGCAAAGUUGCUGUGUUAGCCAAGAAAAGGAUGCAAACUUCUGGAGACACUACUGAAAAGAAGAAACCCAAAUUUAUAAGAAGAGAAAGGAAAGCUUUUUUAAAAUGCUCUUUUGAAAAUAUUUGUUCAGAUGAUGCCAUAUCAAAGGAAAACAUGGUUGUCUCUGAGACAGAAGUUUUACUGAAAGAGCUGGAGCAAAUGCUGCAGCAGGCACUAGAGGCCAUGGGAGCACCUGAUGGGCCCGAAGAGAAGCACCGAGAAAAAGGAAACACAGGAGGAAAGUUAUCUAAAUGCAGCUCUGAAGUUCCUGCAGGCAGCCCAUUUGAAAACCACUAUGAAGAGGACUAUCUUGUAAUUGACGGGAUAAAAUUAAAAGCUGGAGAAUGUAUUGAAAGUAUAACUAACAAGUUUAAAGAAAUAGAUGCUCUAAUGUUGGAAUUUUAAGGUAUUAUAGAUAUUUUCAAAAGUUAAUUAUAAAACCAUUUACAUGUUUAUAUUUUCCCAAAGUCAAAAACUUGAAAAUGUUCCCUAAAAUGGGUAUAUGCUAUACCAAAGCUACUAUUUGUAUUAACUUUCUAUUUUAUACUUAGAGAAUAACCCUUGUUUUGAGAUCCAAUCAGGUGGUAUUUAAUUAGUGUUAAAAUUUAGGCUUAAAAAAAAAUUUAGCAUUGAAGAUACUCUGAUAUUUGUAUUUGUAGAUGUUUUUUCUUGUUUGCCUUAAUUUUAAAAUGGUUUAUGAAACUUACUGCACAAACACAUGCUUUACAAAGAUUAUUUAGGCCCUUUAUUCAAACGUGGCUCUUUAGGUUGCUGUCAAGGCUAUUAUAGUUCUUCCAGAUAAUUCAAGCUUAGUAGAGACUUAGGUAUGUAUAUUGGUAGUGAAAUUAAGCUACUACA